GGGAGUUAAAAUUUUUUUUUCUUCUAGAAUCUGAUGGAAGAAGGAAGAACAUGUUCUUUAAAAGGCACACCAACAUCUACAAGGAAAAUCUGUCAGUAUAACAAUCUUUAUUCUUCACAGAGCAGUCAGUGUACCAGUUACUCUCCAAGGCCAACAGAUAGUUGUUUCAGUUCUAGUUCAGAGAUGCUAUCUGAAGAUGAAGAGCAAAUUGAAGAUUCAAGUAGGAGAUCCAUCAAAACUGAAACUAAUAAUGUUUAUUCAGAAAGGAUGGCAAAACUUCCACGUGAUAGGAUUAUUAAAGACAAUGCCAAAAUUCAUAAACAAAAUGAGAAUUUCCCCCAGUUCUCAAUGAAAAAUAAUACAGAUCAGCUUGCACAACCUCAGUGUAAUUCAACGCAUGUAUUACAAAACACAACCAGUAACAACUACAUUUUACAGGUUGUAAGAUGUGAUGCAUGGGUACAAACAGAGAAUGAACCUGUAAUGGAAAAAAAAUUAGAUGCUGCCAUACAGUGUAAUAUAAUUUCAAAAUGUAAAUGUAGAAGUGAUGUGUCUUUUCUUUGUAAUGUUGAAAGGUACAGUGAAAAUAUUAAGGCAGAUACCACUGGAGGGCAGGAAAUCCUUAAGAACAACUAAUACUGUAAAAUCUCUGCCUGAGAUCUAGGAUUUCACUUAAUGUUCAGAAUUUCAUCAACAUAACAAGGAAUGAGAAAGGGUACCUAAC